AUUACGUUAGUAAUGUACGCUAGCCAUUUUACUUACCAGCUGGUCGUCAAUCACAGCACCGUUAAAAUAUAUGCGAUAACUUACGCGUUAACCAUCCGUUCUUAUGUUAAUUCUAAGACCGAUGUCAAGAUGGACAUUUCAAAACACUAUCUAGACAAUCAAAAUGUGUGAUGACAAGUUAAUGUUAGCUGGUUGUGCUAAAAACAAAAGAGAGGGAGCUAUGUGUUAUAGUAGCUAUGCAACAGUAAAAUGACUCCCAUUUCAGAAGCACACAGCUAGCUGUCAGUGAAAGCUAAUAGUUGGAAAUACAACAGCAGAAAAAGAGAAGGUGUAUGCCUAGAGGAACAUGUUUAUUUGAUUAAAGAUGCCCUGCGUAUAUAAAAUUGAAGACAUGAGUAAAAGCUGAUACGUUUUGCCAAGUGAAGACGCGAAACUGUUCCAUGGUCGCUGUUUCACCCGGUCAAUAGAAAAGUGAACACACUCAGAUGUAAACAAGAGAAAACAUGGCUUCGCCCUUGAUCAGGUGCUUCUCAAAGGUUGGUAGGCAGGUGUCCCGACCAUGGAGUGUGUGCCAGCAUGGUCUGCGGAACAGAUCCACCCAACCAGACGUGUCUGCAGAGCAGGCUGCUGCUCUGGGGGUCUCCUACCCUCCACUACAGACAUACUCUGAGGAGGAGGGGAUGAUGAGGGAUGCUGUGAACAAGUUUGCACACGAGCGUCUUGCCCCGUUUGUGUCGAAGAUGGACGAAAACUCUCAUAUGGACGCGGAAGUGAUAAAGUCCCUCUUUGAACAGGGGCUGAUGGGCAUAGAGAUCGACCCAGAGUACGGAGGCACUGGAUCCACGUUCUUCUCCUCCAUCCUGGUCAUUGAGGAGCUGGCCAAAGUGGACGCCUCUGUGGCCGUGCUGUGUGACAUCCAGAACACCCUCAUCAACACACUGUUCACCAAGCUGGGGACCGCAGCCCAGAAAGAACGCUAUCUCAGCCGGCUGUCAACAGACAUGGUGGGUAGUUUCUGCCUGUCCGAAGCGGAGUCGGGGAGCGAUGCCUUCUCUCUGAAGACGCGUGCUGACAAACACGGGGACUACUACGUCAUCAACGGUUCCAAGAUGUGGAUCAGUAAUGCAGAGCAAGCUGGGGUGUUUCUGGUGAUGGCCAACGUGGACCCGUCUGCUGGUCACAGAGGUAUCACCUGCUUCAUCGUGGACAGAGACACCGAGGGGCUUCAGAUCGGCAAGAAGGAGAACAAACUGGGUCUGAGAGCCUCUUCAACCUGUCCUCUUAACCUGGACAACAUCAAGGUUCCCGAGAAGAACGUCUUGGGUCAGAUCGGCCACGGAUACAAGUACGCCAUCGGCAUGCUGAAUGAAGGCAGGAUCGGGAUCGCUGCUCAGAUGCUGGGACUGGCUCAGGGCUGCUUCGACCAGGCCGUUCCCUACACCAGACAGAGGGUUCAGUUUGGAAAACGCGUCUUCGACUUCCAGGCCAUGCAGCACCAGAUAGCCCAUGUAGCCACCCAGAUAGAGGCUGCCAGGUUGCUUACCUACAACGCUGCCCGGCUGAAGGAGGCAGGAAGACCUUUCAUCAAGGAGGCCUGCAUGGCCAAGUACUUCACCUCAGAGGUGGCAACGGUGACCACUUCAAAAUGCAUCGAGUGGAUGGGAGGGGUCGGCUUCACCAAAGACUACCCUGUUGAGAAAUACUACAGAGAUUGUAAAAUAGGUACCAUUUAUGAGGGCACGACCAACAUCCAGCUGUCCACCAUGGCCAAGUUUAUAGACAAGGAGUAUGACCACUGACCUGGUCUGGUCUGUUUCCUCAUCAUGGAGACUGACCUGACCGUAUCCUCAUCAUGGAGACUGACCUCCUGACCUGACCGUAUCCUCAUCAUGGAGACUGACCUGACCUCCUGACCGUAUCCUCAUCAUGGAGACUGACCUGACCUGAUCUCCUGACCGUAUCCUCAUCAUGGAGACUGACCUCCUGACCGUAUCCUCAUCAUGGAGACUGACCUCCUGACCUGACCUCCUGACCGGAUCCUCAUCAUGGAGACUGACCUGACCUCCUGACCGUAUCCUCAUCAUGGAGACUGACCUCCUGACCGGAUCCUCAUCAUGGAGACUGACCGUCAUACCCUCCUCUUUGUGACCAAUUGGUUUUUAUCACUCGUUGUUGAACUGUUGUGUGAUUUUAGGCCUCUAUUCAAUCUGAAUCGUUGGAAGUUCAGCCUUUUACAGCAUGAUUUGGACAUUUUAAAGACAAUGUUCCCGGGUUAGUGGAGACUGCAUACACGGUAAACGCUGCGUGUGUCGGCUCAAUGGGAAAUGACCUCUUUAAAUUUAAAAUCACCCAAUCUGUACCUCUUCAGCCACCCAGACUGAAUAGUGCCCUUCGUGUCAGGCCUUAGUGUAGAGGUCAUGUGUGAACCACUGCUGACUAGAGGAUGCUCCAUAAUCAUGUACACUUAGUCAAUGUAUCUGUUGCUUUCCACUAUGGAUGGAUUAAUGGUUACUGUUUCCAGACCUGUAGAUAGUGUAAAGUAGCUCUGGUGUGUUGGUAUUGUAAGUGUUUUCAACUGUUUCCAGACCUGUAGAUAGAUAGUGUAACGUAGCUCUGGUGUUGGUAUUAACUGUUUUCCCCUACUUCCAUAUCGCUCUUUCAGAAUGUUCCACCUCAGUAGCUUGUGCUUUUUUACAAAACUAAUAAGAAUAUAUCAUGUUCAUUCUACAGUAUUGGUAUUUACUAUUUACUCGGCUGAUUUUAAUAGUCUCAUAUCAAAUCAGUGCCUUUAUCCCAGCACAGUUUGUUGUUUUUUAUUUUGUUAACACCACAAGAUAUAAUAUAAUGCCUCCGUUAGAUGAAGUCCUUCUAUGGUUGUGUAGUCUGUUGGGUGGUUUGGGCUCAACCGUUGUCGUGGUAACCAUGUUUACUUCCUGUCAGAGCAUUCUUUCAGCACUCUACUUUAUUUUAACGAUAUAUCUGGGGAAUUCGUUUUUAAAACACAACUAGAAGAGAUUGUCUAAGUUUUUAUAUUCAUCAACUUCUUUGACAAUACUAAUAAAUAUUGAAAAGGUG